ACUUGCCCCGCUGUGUUAAUUAAUUUUUUUAUGUCCUCCAGUAACCGCACUUAUGUCUGCCCCGUGAUGUCACAGCGAAGAAUAAAAAACCCUCCUCUCCUCUCCCGCCAUUAACGCGCUUUGCUCUUCAGAUCAACGGAAGAAAAAACACACACACAAUCAACCCGAAACUCUCAGUUCUGCUUUUCAAGAUCCACGAUCCACACCCAAAAAUAAAAAAGGAAUCAUAAAUGAAAAUCAAAACGAAAAGAUCAAAAAGAAAGCUAGGGUUACCAGCUGCAAUACUUCUUUGCUCUUUGUUCUUUCUUGGGGGUCUAUACAGCUCUACUUUUAUCUCCAACGAUGUCCCGGUCAUUAAACCAAGGUUAAGAAUGCUUGAAGUAGCGGAAGUGGAUCAUGACGCGAUGCCGCAUGGGGAUACUGGCGAAGCUUUUAUUGAAUCCAUCCCUUUUCAGGAAGGUUUUGAAUUAUGUGAUUCUGAGUUGGUUCGUGGAUCAUGUUAUGCUGUAUGGUUUCAGGUUUUAAGUUGGAAACCAAGAGCACUUUAUUUCCCGAACUUUGCGACUCCUGAACAAUGUGAAAGCAUCAUUAAAAUGGCAAAAUCUAAAUUGAAACCAUCUACUUUAGCUUUGCGAAAGGGAGAAACUACUGAGAGUACUAAAGGAACUAGAACAAGUUCAGGCACAUUUAUUGGUGGUUCAGAAGAUAAAACUGGAACCUUGGACUUCAUUGAGCGGAAAAUUGCAAAGGCUACAAUGAUCCCACAAUCACAUGGAGAGGCAUUCAAUAUCUUGCGUUAUGAAAUCGGGCAGAAGUAUGAUUCACAUUAUGAUGCAUUUAACCCAGAUGAAUAUGGUCCACAGCCAAGCCAAAGGGUUGCUUCUUUCUUGUUGUAUCUGUCUAGUGUGGAAGAAGGUGGAGAAACCAUGUUCCCCUUUGAGAAUGGCUCUGCAGUAAGUUCUGGCUUUGAGUACAAGCAAUGUGUUGGUUUGAAAGUGAAGCCUCGGCAAGGUGAUGGACUUCUAUUUUACUCGUUGUUUCCAAAUGGAACCAUUGAUCGGACAUCUCUCCACGGAAGCUGUCCAGUUAUCAAAGGGGAGAAAUGGGUGGCAACGAAGUGGAUUAGAGAUCAAAUGGAACUGGACUAGGCAGAAGUAGAUAAUAUUCUGCAAUUCGCUCAUCAUCUUUGUCGGAACUCACAAUAAAUUUCAUCACUCAAUGCAAACUUUUUCAUGUAAAAGCAUUUUAACUCUGGCUCGCUGAUGUAUAGUUUAUAAGUGAAACGUGCAGAGAAUUUGAUCA